UCUAGACUGGACUUUGUUGACGUUUCAGGUUUUUUCACAUUGCACUUGAAAUUGUAGAUUUUCCGUAUCUUUUCUGUUGAUAACAAAAAUGGGCAACGAUUGGGACGAAAUUAAGCGCCUGGCGGCCGAUUUUCAAAAGGCUCAGCUUACGUCGACCUUGCAGAAGCUCUCCGAGCGGAAUUGCGUGGAGAUUGUGACGCUGCUGCUGGAGAAGCAGCUGCUGGAGGUGGUGUUCACCAACGAUGGCAAAGAGUACAUCACACCGGAUCACCUGGAGCGCGAAAUCCUGGAUGAGCUGUAUGUGAACGGAGGUCGUGCCAAUUUGGUGGAGGUCAGCAAAACGCUCAACGUGGAUCUGUCGCGGAUCGUCGGAUUGGCCGAGCGGAUAGCGGCGGAGAACCCCAGUGUACACCUCGUGCUGGGGCAGCUCAUUGAUGAAGAUUACAUCGCGCACAUUGCCCAGGAGAUAAACGAGAAGCUGGCGCUGCGGGGUGAGAUCUCCAUAUCGGAGUUGGCCUCCCAGUUCGAUCUGCCGUCGGACUUCCUGCAGCAGGACGUGGUGGAGAAGCAUCUGGGCAGGAUCAUCAAGGGCAGACAGGAUGCCACCAAUCCGCGUGUGUUCUUUACGCAGGCCUACAUCCAGCGUUGCAAGGCGAAGAUACGUGGUGCUUUGGCAGCCAUCACCAGGCCCACGAAUGUGGCUGUAAUUCUGCAGCAGAUUGGAGUACAGGAGAAGAUAUUUCAUUCCCUGCUGGAUGAGAUCUCGCCGGCUGGGCAGGUGACCUCCAAGCUGGCCAAUGCCCAGUAUGUGCCCCAGAUCUACGCCAAGACUCAAGCGGACUGGGUCAACUCGUUCUACAAGCAGAACAGUUUCCUGGAGUAUGAAGCCAUACACAAGCUGGGCAUUUCGGAUGCCAAGUCCUACAUCCGAAAGCAAUUCCCCAGUGAGGAGUUUCUCUUUCUCAAGCGCGUGGCGCUAGGAGCACGCCUGGUGGAACUGACGGUGGUCACGGCCCUGAACGAAUGCAGUGCCACAAAGCAGUACCUGGAUCUAUCCACAAUUCUUCCCUCCAAUCUGUCGGAGGAGGACAUUGAGGAGGUGUUUGGCGCCAUCAUGGCCCAGAAGCACAGCAACCCCAGCAAUUUUGUGUACCUGGGCAGCAUCGUCUUCUCGCAACCGUACCUCACGCAACUGGUCCAGCCCUGCCAGGCGCUGGCCGAGUCCCAGGCGAAAACGGCCAUUGAGAGCGGCGUUUACCAGCAACACAUUGUGGAGAAAACGUUGGCUCAGAAAGGUAAUGCCUCGGCUCAGGAUCUCGAGGAUGAUGGCAAGGUUGACAAGCGAGAUGAGCGAAGAAAGAAGGCGGCCUCGGGCAAAGCAGGCGGCGGAGCUCAGGGACGCGAGACCAAGACCAAGUCAACGAAGAAGCAUCAACGAGGCAGGGCAGCAGCUGCUGCUCAGAACGACAGCGAUGACGAGGAUGAUGCUGCCCCUGCAGGUGGUGGUGCCGGAAACAAGAAGACUGUUAAGCCAUUAUCCCUGGUCAAGACUGGGGACAUUGAGAAACUAAUCACUGCUAGUCUGGAGGAGGAGGGAUUGGAGCACCUGGCCAAAUCCAUUGCUGCAUUGUAUACAAACCAAUUUAAUCAGGCGGCUUUGGCCCGUGCCCAGGAACUGUUUGAAGCCACACCGCAGACAAAUCGUCGCCAGACGCACGCCGCCAUCCAGGAUCGCAUCAAUACGCUGCUGAUAGACAUACGACUUUAUGAGAAGGGCUUGAAGCUCUUCCCGCAGGAUACACAGUCGCAGCUGGUUAAAUAUCUGCUCAAGUCUUUGGGCAAUGAAAUCAGCAACGAACUUUCACUCUAUGUGGCCAGCGAGUGCAAUUUGACUGUGAAAAAUACAAACCUAAAUGUGGAUCAGCGCAAUAAGUUGGCGCAGGAGUGCGAUGCUCAGUACCGCUCUGCUCUUUUGGAACAAAAUAAGGCUCUGAACAGGACAAUCGAUGAUUUUGAGCUAGCCACGGAAGCGGUGCUUAAGACCUGCAGCAUGAUCAUCAAGAAGGUGGACAAAAAGAAGGACCGUCUGCUGAUCGCUGACCACAAGAAGAAGCUGCAGGAACAGCUGCUAGAGUGCCAGGAGCCAGCGCUAAUGUUGCAUCUGGCUGCACUGAUCCUGUUCACCACAAUAAGCGGCUGCAUUCUGCAUGCGUCUGGAAAGUUCGUCUCUGCCAUUCUGCAGCACAUCCGCGGAUCACUGAAUGAGUCGCAAAACGCGUUGCUGCUCCGCUAUCACGAUCUGGUUCUGCAAGUGCUACAAGCAUCGCCGGAUAGCAGCGAUUCAAAAAUCGCCCACGAACAAUUGCAGAUAAUGCAGAAGGAAGUCAUCGAUCUGGCCCAAAACUUCACUCGCGCCUCCGUCUCCAAGGCGGAUUGAACAAGCAAAGCUCUCUUCCCAUAGCAUUUCAGUCAAUUUAAAUUGGUUUUUUUGAUUUCCCCUAGAAUUGUUACCAUUUGUAUAGUUUGUAAAUUGAGUUUUUUUUAAUUAUUAUUGCUAUGCACGCGAGAGGUCGCCUAUAAAUAUUAUCAGUAAAGGAUACAAAAGAGAGUUCCACACUUUA